AUGCAACUCUAUGAAGUUCACAGAUUAUUAAGCGAUAUUAGGUUCUUAAAAAAUAAUGACACAGAAAUAGCUAGUGAUGUUCCUAAUGAAAAUACCGCUUUACAAGAAAGUUAUGAGACAAUUAUGGCUUUCUGUGUAUUUGAAAAAGAUGCUGAUAACCAGGAUAAAUUUAAAGAAAUUAACCCGGACUUUCUAACUUUCCUGACCGGCCAAGAUGCCAAAUUAAAAACUCUGACCGACUUAUUUCAAGAAAAAGACCCUCAGGCUCACGAAAGAUAUUUGAAGUUUGCUUGGUCAGAAAAAGGCGGCCAACAGAAAAUUGACAGUAAGGAUAAAUUGGAAGAUGAUGAAAAAGAUAAGUUCAGCGAAUACCUUUAUGAGUGUGCCAUUGGCAAGAUUAACGAAAAUGCUUUAACUAAACCAAGUGAGGAGCAAGAGGAUAAUCCCAGCCCAACUCCAACUGAGGAAAAAGCAGAACCAACAGAAAAUGUUGUUGAGGAUGCUGAAAAAGAUGAUGAAUAA